GCCCGCCGGUCGCCGGUGCAGCGGCAAUGCCCUGCAGCCCGGCCUCGGCCCCGGCCCGCCCAGCUAGCCCCGCGCCGCGACUCUCGGAGCAGCGAUGGGCAACACGGUGCACCGGACCCUGCCAGACUCCAGCCCUCCUGCACGCCUCCUGGCCACCCGGCCUUGCUACGGCCCGGGCCCGGAGAGGCGAGCGGUCCUGGGCGAGGCGCCACGCUUCCACGCGCAGGCCAAGGGCAAGAACGUGCGUCUGGACGGCCACUCGCGCAGGGCCACGCGACGGAACAGCUUCUGCAACGGAGUCACCUUCACGCAGCGGCCCAUUCGCCUGUACGAGCAGGUGCGGUUGCGCCUGGUGGCUGUGCGUCCUGGCUGGAGCGGCGCGCUGCGCUUCGGCUUCACUGCGCACGACCCGUCGCUCAUGAGCGCACAGGAUAUCCCCAAGUACGCCUGCCCCGACCUGGUCACACGGCCUGGAUACUGGGCCAAGGCGCUGCCCGAGAACCUGGCGCUGCGGGACACGGUGCUGGCCUACUGGGCUGAUCGUCACGGUCGCGUCUUCUACAGUGUCAAUGAUGGCGAACCAGUGCUGUUCCACUGCGGCGUGGCCGUGGGAGGCCCACUCUGGGCACUCAUCGACGUCUAUGGCAUCACGGACGAGGUGCAGCUGCUGGAAAGCACCUUCGCAGACACGCUGACCCCGCUGCGCCUGGGCCAGGCCCGCCUCAGCGCCUGCCCGCCUCCGGGCAGCCAUGAUGCUGCCAACUUCGAUAAUAACGAGCUGGAGAAUAACCAGGUGGUAGCCAAGCUGGGUCACCUGGCUCUCGGCCGUCCGGACGCCGCCGUCCCGUGCGUGGCCCGCGAACGCGCGAGGCCCGCCUCCUCACCCGCGCUGCUGGACGCCGAGCUGCGCUUCCACGCCACGUACGGCCCCGACGUGAGCUUGUUCGCGGACCGCAGGCUAGCUUGCGCGCCCUGCCCCUGACGGCGGCCGCACGCCGUGUUCUCCGAGCGCCCCUUACGGCCCGGGGAGAGCCAGCGUGGAAGUGGGGCGCCUGUGGCGGCGCUUGCAGCUGUGGGCUCGGGUAUCACGCCCCGCGAUCCUGGCGCUGGCCAUCCGAGUGCUCCGCGAUCCGCUGCGCUGCUGGACCGCAAGGAAUACCGGGUGGUGGCGCCGCCUGUGCCCAGCGGAGGCGACGCCGCCAGCUUCACGCUGGUGCCGGGCGGCGACGCCCUGCUGGCGGUGAACGAACCUGCGGGACGCUUGUUGUGGACACUGCAGGGCGCCUGGGCCUUCUUCGCUGUGCGCGGCGGUGUGGCGGGUCAGCUGCGUCUCCUGGGCACCGUACAGUCCGGUCCUGAGGCCACAACUCCAUCAGGGUCCUUCAGUGGCUCUCAGGAUGACAGCGAUUCGGACAUGACCUUCGGGGUCAACCAGUCGUCUUCAGCAUCAGAAUCGUCUCUGGUGACAGCCCCCAGCUCCCCACUGAGUCCCCCAGUGUCCCCGGCCUUCUCUGCACCUGAGCCGGCCGGCAGCAGGAAUGGAGAGUGCACGGUGUGCUUCGACAGCGAGGUGGACACGGUCAUCUACACGUGUGGACACAUGUGCCUGUGCCACAGCUGCGGCCUGCGGCUCCGAAGGCAGGCACGGGCCUGCUGUCCUAUCUGCCGUCGGCCCAUCAAGGAUGUUAUCAAGAUCUAUAGGCCGUAGCCGUGCAACUGGCUCGGCCAAAGCGAGGUCACCUUUCUGAAGCCCCUGCUAGGUGGGCGACACCAUGGCUACCAGGGAGCCCGGGGUCAGGAGCCAUCUCUUGUCUGCCACUCCGCAGUGAUGAGCAAGGCAGGACAGGUGUGGAGAUGAGGCCCUGGGGGGCCAGAGGCCAGGCGAGCUUUGUUUCGUCUGUCUCAAACACACGUUGCCCCCAAAAGCCUGUCCCAGGAUUCAGCUCAGGAACUGCCUGGCAGAUCACCUGCCUCUUGGUGACCUUCAGCUGGGAAAGGGUACCCUCUGUCUGUGCAAUGCUUCUUUGGGGUUGGGUUGAGUGUAUGUGUGUGUGGGGGGGGUGGGGGGCGGAGACAGCACAGAGAACGUGUGAGAGAGAGAGAGAGUGCGUGAGUGUUUUAUGCAGGGAUCCGUCUCCUGGAGGGUAUUUAACACUAAGGAAUGUGCAAUCUGGGCCCAAUGUUAAUGUGAUGGUUGUCCACUUUCUGGGGAUUUGGUUUUCUGCAAUGAGCUAGCUUUGAACACACAAGGCCUGAACCUACACAGAGCUCCCUGGGUGGCACUCGGAUUUUCUAAGGGAAAGCAAAAAUAACUCACUGUUUACAGCUCCAGGCAGCAGCUCCUGCUGAGGGGAGGAGGUGGGCGGAGAACAUCAGAGAACAAGUGGCUUUUGCUUCUUACUCAGACUAGGAGUGGUCUUCCCAUGGCCCUGAGGACAGGUGCCCAAGCUCUAGCAUCUAGAUUCCUUCAUCCCCAGCCAGUAGAACACCUCAGCCCCGUCCCUACAUGCUCUGGAGUUUUGUGAUGUCCCUCCUGUUCUUGGGGACAACACCAUAUCUCCCAUGGUAAAAUUAAAGCUUUGGGCAUGUCCCGGUGACCAGCUGUCAGAAGCUAGAAGACCCAGACCCCCUCUGGUCCUUGUCCUGACCCUCUCAUUUUCCUGAUGGUGAUUAUGGUGUUAACUACACUGGUUACUCAUGAGGAGAGGACUGAAAAUGUUCCCCACUCCUGGGCCUGUUUGCCGGCAUUUCCCUGGCCCCAGCCCUGUCACCCUCUCCCUGGGUCAGACUUGUUUCUGUAGGCUUCCAG